GGGCGGGAGCGCGGGGGCACCGCGAGGGCGUCCCCCGCGUCCGUCCCACUGGCUCCCGACCUCCCGAGGUGCUCGCCGCCCCUCCGAGGCCCUCUCGCCCUUGGCCGCCUCCCCAAGGGCUCGCUAAGCCAGAGGCCAAAGUGCCCCUCAGCGCCCACCCCAGUCCCGUGCCCGCCCGGGCCGGCGGAGGGGCCGCAGGAAAGGGUUCCGUGUACAUACGUCUCCCCCGCGCAGCCCUCAGACCUUUUGUACAUUUUUACAGGGGCGCCUCCGACAGCCCCGUCCCUGGUUAAUUCGACCCUCAGACUGGUGCUGUGUUCCUAGCCUCCGGCCCCUGGGCGGGAGCGGGUGGCGGGGGAGAGCCGGGGCUCGGUCCUGGGGAUGUGGGUCCAGCGGGAGGCGCACCCGCAGGGGAAGGCGCCCAGCGGCUCAGGGCUGCACGGAAGGGCCGAUACUUCCCGCCCGGCCGCCGGCCUCGGCCCCCGCCCCGCUGUCCCUGUUAACUCGUGAGCCGUGGCCGGAAAGCCUCAGCCUCCGCCUCCUAGUGACCAGUGCCCCACCCGUCCAAGUGCCCCCAGGACUCCUGGGCCCUGCUCCGUAGAACUCUCUUUUCCAGAACCCUGCCCUAGGCUGGGGGGUGGGCAGAAAAGGUCACCAGGUACCACACACCAAAGAAAGGGGUUGGCCAGGGGUGGGCAGCACAGGCAGCUGCUUCCGCAGCCUCCCGCAGCAGCCCCAGCCUUCCCAAAGCAGCAGGUGUCUCCAGGCUGGGGCCGACUGGAAGGCAGGGCUCAGUUUAACAAAACCGUAACGUUGACUUUUUUCCCCGGUGGGGCUUAUUCUGUAACAUGACUUGCGGAUAUUUAUAUAAAAAUGAGUGUUACAAUGAG